GCUCUAAGCAGCCUCGAUCGUAUACCUAAAGCGCUUCGAACAAUCGGUUCAUUGACAGACUGCUCUUGACUUCGCAAACGCUCUACAUCCGAACAUGCUGCAUGUUUCUCUCCUUUCGGUCAAUCGAGAGAAGGAGCAAGCUCAUCGAGCUCAACGCAGACUCUCAGCAGCCACCAGCCAUACCCACCAGUUUGCGCGCCAGCCGUCUGCUGUCGACCGUUUUCGUACGACAUCGUCUAUGCUCGACCGAAGUCUGACGAAUCGAAGCAGCUCGCGACGUCAGACGCUGUGUCGUCUAUUUUUAGGACCGAUCAAAAUCCCCUUCUCUUUGUUCCGAGGUGUAGCAGACACAAGGGGAGCAGCUCGGAGUCAUUCACGACCUUGCUUGUGUCGGCAUAGACAGAGAUGAGUGCGAGGAGAGGAUUGAAAAGUCUCGUUUCAUUCCUGGAAGUAGUACCUCGAUACCAGGUCAGAGCAGCGUAACGGAAACAAUGACGCGAGUUCAAUUCCCCCGUCCACCGCCAGCGAUGGCGACCUUUCUCCAC